AUGUCAAGCAAUCCUAUGCUUUUAAACCGAGUCAUUGGUGCACAGAGUGGAGGUUUAAGAGCGGCACUUUUAGCGAAAAUGGCAGGCUAUGGUGGAGCUGCAGACGGAACAGCAUAUAACCCUCAAAGUCAAAUGAAUUUGAGUUCACUCAAAAAUCAAAUAGCAGAUGUCAAAAAGUCAAACAUAGACAUACAGAAGCAAAUAAGUGAAAACGAAAAGAAACUAGAAUAUGACAGACACACAAAGAAACUCAAUGAGUUAAACGUAGAGAAAAAGAAGAAAGAAGAACAACUGAAAGAACUAAGUACAGAGGAAUAUGCGAAAAAAGUGUCAGAAAAAGCAGCAGAAGUAGCAAAAAUGGAACAAGAUGUCAUAAAUUUGAAAAACCAUACUACUCAAUAUAAAAUACUGAAAGAUGAAGAGAUAAAACAAAAAGCCCUGAAGACAUAUAUGGAUAGCGAUGAGUAUAAAAAAGAAGUUGAAGCAAAUGUAAAGGCAGAAAAACUUUUACAGUUGCAGAACCAAACCGUACAGUAUGAAAACUUAGCACAAGAAAGUAAAAAUAACGACGCAGCCAUGCAAAAGGCAAUGAAAAGCGCAGAAUAUAUAAAAGCUAACAAUGACUGGUUAGAUGCCCAAGCCAACGCUAAAGCAGCCCAACUCAUAGGGUCAAUAAGGACAAAAAUACAAGCGGAUGAAGACAGUUCAAAUGAAACUUUAACAAAUGCUGACUUUAAGAACGCCUUCGAAGCUCUUCAUAGUAAGGUGAAACAAGUGAACGACUUCUCAUCUGGAAAGAAACUGAAGUCUGAAGGUUUCGACAAAGAGUUAAAAGAAGUAGCACAAAAUAUGACGAAAAUAACAGAUGCAGCAACGAGACAGGCAGUUCAAAGUGCCUAUGACGCCGUUAGAGCAACUGUUGUGAAAAGUCAAGAAAAAGAGUUACAACAGACCAAAACAGACCUAGUAAAUGCUUUCUUAAGAACGAAAAGUCAGGUAGGACAUUACGCUGCAGAUGGAACAUAU